AUGCGUUUCGAUAAUUUAACCAUCGACGAAAUUGAUAGGAAGUAUCCGGAUAUUCUGUAUCCAAGCAAUGAUGAGCUCCUUGACGCUGCAUCACAUCUGAUCGAAUUUACGCAGAUACUGAAAAAUAAAGAUAUCUUGCGUACCACACUUGUGGGAAUUACAGGAGGUCUUGCUGUCAUGCAUCAUUGCCCCGAUCGCCUGCCCAGCAUUGCAUGUAAUAGAAAAGAAGAUAUUGACAUCGUCCUGGACUUAGCAGAUUCAACCCUGGAAGACCUUAAGGACGCAUUGCUAUACUAUUACUCGCAGAUCUUCAUAAAACACCGUCAAACGCUUUACAUGCGGACACCAUGGGGUAAAGUGAGGCUUGACUUCAAGAUAAUCCCUGCAAGCCGGAAAUUGAAAGGAAUGCAGUAUCUGUCCGUUCUUGAACUGACAGAUUUACCAUUUGUCAACAAGAUAGACCUCAUGACGUCUAAGAUAUACGACGUUCACCCUGAUCCUUUGCCCUCACCUUGGGGAGAGCCUGAAACCGCGAGAGCUAUUCACCAUGGGACAGAUGCGCUCAGACUGGCUCUGUUAUCCGAUCAGGGAAAGAAAAUCAUUCUCACUGUGAGGCAAGCUAUGCGGAUAAGAAGGGCGUUCCGCUCUUUAGAAAAUUAUACCGGCAUUCCAGGCGUUCAGUGGCUUGAGUUGUUUCUCGUCCGCGGCAGAUAUUAUCAUAAUCGUCCGACUGAGAUUGUGGAUCUGGAGAAGGCUUUCUUUUUGUUGGAAAUGGGCAAGUACAAACGAGAAAUAUCAGACCCAUGGUACUACUAG